GCGCAACAGCGCAACACAAGAGAGACGUCAGGAAAGAUGGCGUCUGUUUAGACCAGUCCUUCACAUCCCUGAUUCAGUGCAUUUAAUCCAGGGUCUGGCGAGGAGCGGCAGAAAAACUCGCACGGCUCAAGACUUCGCCAUACAAGAGUGACUGAACUGGAUUUUUUUUUGAUUGAAGAAGACUGUCAUAAUAAUCAUUUUAACUUCAACAAAACCAAACAGGGGGCGGGUUUGGUUAAAGAUUAUUAUUAUUAUUAUUACUUUGGCCAGGUGUUUGUAGCUGGUCCUCCAGUCAUCUGUCCAAGAUUGUCACGUAUACGGAGUUGUUAUUUUCUGGCUGAUAUUAUUGUUAUACUUAUUGUCUAUUACCAGCACACUAACGCUGUGUUUUUUGGUACUGGUUUUUGACGAGUCUCAAUGUCAGACAAUCAGAGUUGGAAUUCUUCGGGUUCCGAGGAAGAUAUCGAAACGGAGUCCGGGCCGCCUGUUGAGCUUUGCGGGGUCCUCAGUAAGUGGACCAACUAUAUCCAUGGAUGGCAGGACCGCUGGGUGGUUUUAAAAAAUAACACCUUGAGUUACUACAAAUCUGAGGAUGAGAGGGAGUUUGGCUGCAGGGGGUCACUUUGUCUCAGCAAAGCUGUCAUCACGCCCCAUGAGUUUGAUGAAUGUCGGAUUGAUAUCAGUGUCAAUGACAGUGUUUGGUACCUGCGUGCUCAAGAUCCAGAGCACAGGCACCAAUGGAUAGACUCUAUUGAACAACACAAGGCAGAAUCUGGCUAUGGCUCGGAGUCAAGCUUACGACGCCAGGGAUCCAUGUUGUCUCUCACGUCUGCAGCAAGUAAUUACUCUGCCACGUCCACAUCAUCGUUUAAAAAGGGGCACAGUUUGCGUGAAAAGCUUGCUGAAAUGGAGACGUUCCGAGAUAUUCUUUGCAGGCAGGUUGACACCCUGCAGAAGUACUUUGAUGCCUGUUCCGAUGCCGUUUCCAAAGAUGAGCUCCAGAGAGACAAAGUGGUGGAAGAUGAUGAAGAAGACUUUCCUACAACCCGAUCUGAUGGGGAAUUUCUGCACAAUAAUAACGGCAGCAAAGAGAAAUUAUUCCCAUGUGUAACACCCAAAGAAAUCAAUGGCAUUGACUUUAAAGGGGAAGCUAUAACUUUUAAGGCUACCACUGCUGGCAUACUAUCAACACUCUCACACUGCAUCGACCUCAUGGUGAAACGUGAAGACAACUGGCAAAAAAGACACGAUAAGGAAAUGGAAAAGAGAAGGCGAAUAGAGGAUGGUUACAAGAUUGCACUGAAUGAAUUUAAGAAGAAAUCUCACUUUGGCGGCCCUGAUUAUGAGGAAGGUCCAAACAGCCUUAUUAAUGAAGAUGAGUUCUUUGAUGCAGUGGAAGCUGCUCUUGACAGGCAAGACAAAAUUGAGGAGCAGUCUCAGUCUGAGAAGGCCAGGAUACACCGGCCCACAGCAGUGCCUUCUGGGGAUGCCUAUACAACGGUUGGCACAUACAGAUUUGCCCAACAGCCCUAUAGUCGCUCUCCCUCCAUGUCUUCCAUUGAUCUAGUCAGUGCCUCUGAUGAUGUUCACAGAUUCAGCUCCCAGGUGGAGGAAAUGGUUAAGAAUCACAUGACCUACUCUUUGCAAGAUGAUGGUGGGGAUGCCAACUGGCAGCUGGUGGUAGAAGAGGGAGAAAUGAAGGUGUACAGGAGAGAGGUGGAGGAAAAUGGAAUUGUGUUGGACCCUCUAAAAGCAACCCAUGUCGUCAAAGGGGUGACCGGGCAUGAAGUCUGCCAUUAUUUUUGGAAUGUUGAUUUCCGUAAUGAUUGGGAAACAACUGUUGAGAAUUUUAAAUUAGUAGAAAGAUUGUCAGACAACGCAGUCAUCAUCUAUCAGACACACAAGAGGGUUUGGCCUGCCUCUCAAAGAGACGUGCUCUAUUUAUCAGCAAUCCGGAAAAUUAUUUCUAACAAUGAAAACGACCCUGACACAUGGACUGUGUGCAAUUUCUCUGUAGAUCAUGAAAAUGCCCCCCUCACCAACAGAUGUGUGCGUGCCAAAAUCAACAUAGCACUGAUUUGUCAAACACUGGUGAGUCCACCAGAGGGUGACAAAGAGAUCAGUAGAGACAACAUCCUGUGCAAGAUUACCUACGUUGCAAAUGUGAAUCCUGGCGGCUGGGCACCUGCAUCAGUUCUCAGAGCUGUGGCAAAGAGAGAGUAUCCUAAAUUCCUGAAGCGUUUUACAUCAUACGUCCAGGAGAAAACUGCUGGAAAGCCUAUUCUUUUCUAAUGUUUGGAGUGUUUUGCCAAGUCCCUUGUGUGCUUUGCUCCAGUGAUUGAAACAGGCUCUGUUCACAUUCCAUACCUGGAGGAAUCCGCUGCAGCUGGAGCGCCUGCAGGAACUUCAGGUCUGCAGUUGUAAUGGAGACCAUUCAGCAGCGAUCGCGCCUUCAAGCUAGUAACGUCAGGAACACAGCAGCCUUGUGACCACAAUAUACAACACUAGUACUCUGCUAACUUCUCUUCUGCAUCAGUGUGUUAUACUAAAUACAUCUGUAUGGCCGUCAUUUAUGUUGCUCUUGUGGGGAAGAUUCAAAAUCAAACAUUUGAUUUUACGAACUGUGGUUUAAUGGCUUUAAUAAAUGACUUACAGAGAUGUUGCUUUAGACCUGCAAUAAUAGCCAAAAUAUUGUUAAUCAAAAAUGAUUUAUAGUAAGUUUGUAUGGUCAUGUUGGAGGUCUAAAGUAAAUGGUGGUGGUUCCUAUUUUGGUCUUGCUUUUUGUAAACGUCCAAAUAUGUUUGUUUUUAUUUGCUAUGUAUAAUCACUGAUCUUCAUGCUGCUAAUUGUUGUUUCUUAAACAGUUGUGUUGUUUGUAAUAUCUGUUGAGGGAUGUGAGUGACCUCGGACCUUGCCUUUUCACUCUGUGGCUCCUAUGAAGAACGCUGGUUCUGAUGGACAAAGAGUUUGAAAAGCUUGAUUUCUAUUUGUUCUCCUUUUUCAGAUAUCUCUAUAUUUCUACUGUAUUUUUAGUUGUAUCUGUGUUAUACGAAUGUGUUGGGAUUUAAAACAAAAAAAUGUAAGUUAAAAAUGUGAGCUGGCAGGAGGGAUGGCUUGAAUCGAAUUGGUGAGCGACGAUGGUGCAAGUCAUGCAGUACAACCAUAACGUCCAGAAAGCAGACUUGUAUUACAAGGGUGCUCCGUCUUUCAAGUUGAGCAGUUUGGCCUUGAUAAAACCUCCCAAGUCUAAAACUAAUUGAUGUAAGUACAUUAUUUUGUCCUAGUAGAUGAAAUGUUAUUCAUUGGGAAAUAAUGGGGAAUUAGCUAAACCACAUUAGCACCUGUAUUCUAAACGCAAACCCCCACCCCUUCCUUAUGCCAGUACAUCUAUGAUUAAUUAGUCAACUGCAUUGUACAGAAUUGAUGGAGAUUUUUUAAAGUUCCCAUAAUUUGCUGUGUUGCAAGAUCCACGUCCAGCUUUGUCUAUUGGCAUAUCAUUUUGUAAAAACUUCACGUUGAAGAAAUUCUACUUUUUUUUUGUCGUGCACCACUAGAGAAGUGUCUCCAUCUUAAUAUUAGCAGGGCAUGUGUUUUUAGCAACAGGACUGCCGCCAAAACAGGAAAAACAAACUUUGUAAGAUAGGAUUAACAUAUUGUAGAAAUGUACAUUUAUACUUUGCAUCUCAGACAAGCAUUUCACUCGCUAUUUUAUACCUGACUGAUUAUUUUAUAAUAGUUUUUUGCAAUCAACAAGAACAGUCCAAGUCGACAUACCGUUUCUGCUGCAUAGUUAGUGAUGGCAACUUUUCACGAUUGGAUCCUAGCCCCCAAAAAAUCCAAGUGGAAUGUUAAACCUAUUAAUAACUUGUCACAUCAGGCAAGAGAAUUGUUCCAAAACCAAUCAGUUAGGUUGUUUUGAUCUUAAAAAUAAAGAUGUAAAAAUGUUUGGGAAGUUUACAGGGAAUGUGUAUAGCUUGAUAGUGUUAUAAUUAGUUGCAAUUGCACUAAAUGUGAUGUAAUUUUGAAAUGUUCUGUAAAUAAAAUGAUUACACUAAAGAAGCCGUUUGUAAUGAAUAAACCAUACUGUUUUAAAUGUACGACAGUCCAGUGGCAUGGCUCCAGUGUGGUCAGCCUUGGCCAAUGCAGUGAAACCAGUGAACCAAUUGUUUCCUCUUUAUUUAGUAAGGCAUUGAUAGACUAGAAAACAGCACCAGCGCAAGACUGUCAAUCCACAUGGAGAAUACAUAUAAAUAAGGUAUUCUACUGAACAUUGAUACUGUCUCCAUUCUGGAUUUGAUUCUCCAAUAUUACACAUGCACUGGCCAGUUCUCAAGAAUACUUUCACCAAUUGUAAACUAAUGUCAGAAUUGAUUUAUUUGACAAUGGGGUGCUGAUAUCCUGUAAUCUUGUACAGUUGACCAGUAAAGUUUAUUCACCAAAUGUGUACAUUGAUCAGGCUUUCUCUUCCCACAUAUUUCUGAGAUGAAAUGUUGCUUGAAGUACUUUUGGCAGUGUACAGUGUAGUAUUGUUUUAAUGACUCUCUGUAAGCCUAGUGAAACUCUACAUAGAAAUGCUGUUGGCCCUUAUGUCACAGUGGUAUGGAUCUGUACAAAAUAUGUAUAAAACAAAUAUGAUUGAGAACAAAAAAGAAAAUCUGUUUACAAAGA